AUGGCUGCCGCGAGAAUAUCCACCCUCCUCUGGGGAACAGACAGCAAAGACCGCUCCCUCCUAAUGAAACUCGACUUCACGCUUCUCCCCUAUUUCUCACUGAUCUGGUUCCUCUUUGGCGUGACGCGCGCUAGCUAUUCCUCCGCGUACAUCAGCGGCAUGGACAAGGCCCUGCACUUCCACGGAAAAGACUACAACUACAUGAACACGGCAUACACCGUCGUCUAUGCCGUAUGUCAGAUGCCAGGGACGAGUUUGUUGACACUGGCACGCCCGAAAUAUGUCUUUGUCGCGGCAAAUCUGACGUGGAGCAUCCUUACGCUUGUCACCUAUAAGAUGAAUCAUGUGUGGCAGAUUAUAUUGUUGAAUGCGUUGGAGGGCGGAUUUUCUGCUAUUGCAUACGUCGGCGCACAUUUCAUUCUCGGUUCCUGGUACCGCAAGUCCGAACUGGGGACGCGAACGGCCGCGUUUUGUUGCUUCGGCCAUCUGGGAAGCAUGGCGGGAGGUUGGAUCCAGGCUGGAUUGCUCAAGUCGCUUUCUGGCAAGGCCGGAUUGCCUGCUUGGCGAUGGAUUUUUAUCAUCGUGUCUGUGAUGACUAUUCCGGUUGCUCUGUUUGGGUGGGUAUUCAUCCCUGAUCUCCCUGUUCAUCGAGCUGCGUGGUAUCUCAAUGCAGAGGAGAAAGAGCAUGCUGCACGGAGGCUGGGUGCUACGCCGCGGUAUACAUGGGAUCGGUCGGUUUUCUGGCGGAUCUUCCUCAGCUGGCAGUUUUACCUGCUGCCGUUUAUAUUCAUGCUGUACUCCCUCUGCGUGCAGUGUCUCUUGAACAACGUCCCGCAGCUCUGGAUGAAAUCUCGUGGCUACACGACCAUCCAGCAGAAUAACUACCCGACAGCCAUCUACGCUACUGCCAUCGUCGGCACGGUGGCCUACUCCCUCAUCUCCGACAGACUAAAGUCGCGCUGGGAAUGCUCCAUCGCCAUCGGACUGACCUUUAUCCUGGGCACGGGAAUCCUAGUCGGCAACCCGAAAACAGACGCAGGACAUUUCUUCGCCUUCUACGUCCUGGGUACCACCUAUGCGCCCCAGGCUCUCUGGUACGCGUGGAUGGCAGACGUUACAGCGCACGAUCUGCAACUCCGCGCCAUCACGACCGGGUUUAUGAAUUCGUUUGAUUUUGCCUUUACCACUUGGUGGCCGUUGGUCUUUUACCCGGUUACUGAUGCGCCGGAUUUCAGAAAGGGGUAUAUCUCCAGUUUGGUUACGGGGGCUGCUACCUUGCCUUUUAUCCUGGCUAUUGCGUAUCUUGAUUGUCGGGGUACGCGGAGGGGGGUGAUUGGGAGACGGCCUUUCGAGGAGGUGGAGGAAGCAGAAGUCAGUGAUGAGACUUUGGUAGUGAGGGAGAGUGCUGGGCAAACGAAGGGUGUGUAG